UCUGCUCCUCCCGUCUCCCACUUCUCCAGGUCUCCACUCCCCAGUCGCUCCGACCCAACAGCUCCACCACCGCCGCGCCGCUCCACAGGCAGGCACGCAGAAAGCCGCCAUGGACAUGGACGACGCUCAGGAGCCUGCCUCCCCGACCUCCCCGUCCCCGUCCUCCUCCUCCUCCUCCUCUUCCUCGUCGUCCUCCGUGGGCCCGAAGAAGCGGGCGCGCAAGGACGGCAGCCGUCACCCGACGUACCGCGGCGUGCGCAUGCGGAGCUGGGGCAAGUGGGUGUCGGAGAUCAGGGAGCCCCGCAAGAAGUCCCGCAUCUGGCUGGGCACCUUCGCCACCGCGGAGAUGGCGGCGCGCGCGCACGACGUGGCGGCGCUCGCCAUCAAGGGCGCCCGCGACGCGCACCUCAACUUCCCGUCCCAGGCGCACCUGCUCCCGCGCCCGGCCUCCGCGGCGCCCAAGGACGUGCAGGCCGCGGCCGCGCUCGCCGCCGCCGCCGACUUCCCUCCUCUGCCGUCGUCGUGCCCCUGCCCCGGUGAAGGCGCAGGCAAUGCCAAGAGCCCCGAGAGCAGCAGCUCCGACGACGCCAGCGCCAGCGCCGCGUCGCCGCCCCCGCCCCCGCCCCCGCCGCCGCCGGCCCCGCAGGAGGACGCCGAGCCCAACCCGGACGACGCGCUGUUCGACCUCCCGGACCUGCUCCUGGACCUGAGAUGCUGCGGCCCGUCGUCGUGGGCCGUUGCCGACGACGACGUGGCCGGCGGCGGCGCGUUCCGGCUCAUCGAGGAGCCGCUGCUGUGGGAGUACUGAACUGAUCAAUGCAUGCCACCGCGGCAGUUCCCGUUCUUUGGAUGGAGCCAUCGCCGGUAGUCACCAGCGACUUCUUCAUGCAUCGCUGCUAGCUGUUGAGUGUUAGAAAAAAAACGAUCGGACACAUGUAAAUGCCGCUGCUUCCGCUCCUCUGUUUUCUUCUUCUUGUUAACUCCCGAACUCCACUGCUGCUUCUUUUGCUGUUUUCCUUUUGCCAGAUUUAGGUGCUGCGCCUGUAUAAAGCUAGUUCCUUUUCUUCUCCUUCUCUUGCUUGAUUUGGGGGACAAGAAUAUGUAUAAUUAACGAGCAUCUUAUCUUCCGUCA